AAGUUGACCAUAGCUGAGAUCACUGAUGCCUGCUUUUCACCCAACCAAUCAGAUGGUGAAGUGUGACCAGUGCCAUUGUGAGUACAUGGCUUGCUGCCUCUUGUACCGUGGUGAUGUGGUGCCUAAGAAUGUCAACGCUGCCAUUGCUGCUAUCAAAACCAAACGCACCAUCCAGUUUGUGGACUGGUGUUCAACUGGUUUCAAGAUAGGCCUCGACUACCAGCUGCCCACUGUAGUACCUGGUGGGGACCUGGGCAAGGUCCAGACGGCUGUGUGCAUGUUGAGCAACACCACAGCUAUUGCAGAGGCCUGGGCUCGGCUUGAGGACAAGUUUGAUCUGAUGUAUGAAGGAGGGAGAGUUGUCUGAGGCCAGGUUAUAGAGUAUAAAGAGGUUGGCAUUAAUAGCGUGGGGGAAGAAGAUGAGGGAGAGAAGUAUUAA